AUGACCGGAGCCUAUCUCCAGCGAGCGAGCGCCGGAGUUUAUAUCGUAACAGGAGGAAUUCGCCGGAGCCCAAGGGACGCUUCGGGAGCAGGGACAGGUAUAGGCCAGCAGACGAUGUGCGCAGCCCCACCGGGACCAGGCGGCGUUACGAUCAAUACUCAGCGGAUGCCAAACGAGGCACAGAUUACUUUUACAGAUCACGGUCGAGGUCACGCCGUCGUGCAUCGCCGUAUCCAGCGCGACGAGACACGAGGAGGAGAUACCGCUCUCCCGCCCAGUCUUCGGCGCCCGUGUCAUGGUCGAAUGGUCGCAAUCGAGGGAGAAGUGGUUCUCCAUACUCCCGACACAGGAAAGCAGGAAAUGAAGAGAGGCUUCACGGCCCUACGAAAAGCAAGGCCGCGCCUGCCAUUGCAACGAUCGGCAGUCGAGCAUCCUUUCGUCGCGCCGCUGAACAGACUGUACAGAGAUGCCGCAGCGAAUCGCAAGAAGCAUGUCAUAUCGGAUCGUCAUAUUCAGUGGCAAAGAACUGAUUCUACGGAAGACCGGGAAGGCCAAAUUGCCAGAGCAUGUAUGAAAGAUGUCGAAGCAGAAGAGAGGCAAUGCGAGGGCGAACUCCGCCUUUCAAGAAGUCGCUCUCCUCGUCAAGCGCCAGCAGUUAAGUCCCCAUAUACCAGUCGGCGCGUACCGCGUGUCGAGUCUGAAGAGCGGAGCUCUGGCGGCGGUGUGGCUUGCAUGUCGCGCCAUUCGAAGGCCCGAGAAGGGUACGAACCGAACGCCGGCGUGGAAGCUCUGAUGCAGGAGGUAUCGCACCCGGACGAGGGCGACCCUCCUCAGACAGCCGGCAAGGGUGUAUCACCCGGGCCUGAAAACGAGUCGGCAGCGAAAGCGCGGGAUCCGGGGUUGGUGGCGGAUGAAACGGAAAGCGCACUCGACAGACAGUCACUUUCUGCUCCGCCAACCACGGUGGCGGAGGCUGCCGCGUUUCAGGACCAUCGUUCGUCGGCGAAGAGUGGCACGGUGUGUGAAAGAACAGCUUCAGUCAGAGACCUGCAUGACCAGCGGAAGGCAGAGCAACAAGACCUACGGGAUAUGAACCGCGCGUUCGGAGGGGUCGGGCGUGGCCCACAUGAACGCCGCGCGCUGGCGCCGGGAGCACCGUGCGCCAUGCGCAGUGACGAAGGCGAUCCUUCUGGGUCUGCUGUUGAAGCUCACUGCACCAGAGGAAGCGAGUCCCUGCGAGAGAAGAUGGGCCACAAUCGGAGGGUAUUCCGCGAUGAUGCUGUGCUACGGGGUCUGAACAUGCGAGACGCACAGCGAGCGACGACUGAGCUACUCGGUCGCGGCAGGCCGCCGUUCCCUGUGGGGCGUCUGUAUGACGCCACGAGCAGGCCACGUGCUUUUUCCGGACAGCUGCGUCAGGGUUAUCAAGAUGGCGGUGGCGGGGUUCCGUCGCCCGGUAGUCUCGCCCGUCCGCCACCAUUCCUCCCCCAGCGGCCACACACUGUAGUUAGGUCGAAUGCCACGUGCACUCUGGCAAGGGGUCACGAGGUGGCAGGCAAGAGCCAAGGUGGAGGCAUGACAUGUAUGAACAAAUUGCUCAUGAGCCGGAGAAGAGCCGGAGACGCUUUAACCUAUACGUAA